AUGACGAGUGUGAGCAAACGUCACACCUGCUACGAAGGAGCCUCCUAUACAUAUUCACUACUAAACUCACAUGGGAGCAGUUCUAUCACGGGAAAUACUAAUGAUUUAUUACUGCACUCUUCUUCAAAUAAAAAGGAUAUAAAUCCGAAGCAAAAACGACGCUAUGUUACGUUUGGUCCUUAUAUUAUUGGAUCCACUAUAGGCCAGGGUGAGUUUGGGAAGGUAAAAUUAGGAUGGUCUAAGAGUAUCUCGAAUAAGCAAAGCCACAGUCCAUCGGCAAAUGGUCUUGGCUUGUACGCGACUCCUGCGUUACCCAUAGAAGUACCGAAACAAGUGGCAAUAAAACUUAUUAGAAGAGAUACAAUAUCGAAGGAUCCAAGAAGGGAAAUUAAAAUAUAUCGUGAAAUUAAUGCAUUAAAACAAUUAACACACCCAAAUAUUGUUAAACUAGAUGAAGUUUUACAAAACUCAAAAUAUAUUGGCAUAGUAUUGGAAUACGCUUCAGGCGGUGAAUUCUACAAAUAUAUUCAAAGGAAAAAAAGGUUAAAAGAAACGAUAGCAUGUAAAUUAUUUGCUCAGUUAAUAUCUGGUGUAAAUUAUAUUCAUUCGAAAGGGUUAAUUCAUAGAGACUUAAAAUUGGAAAAUAUUCUAUUAGACAAGAAUGAAAACCUUAUUAUAACCGAUUUCGGAUUCGUUAAUGAAUUCGUUACUAGUAACGAACUGAUGAAAACGUCGUGUGGUUCUCCAUGUUAUGCUGCACCUGAGUUGGUAAUAAGUUCACAACCAUAUGAAGCAAGAAAGGUGGAUAUUUGGUCAUGUGGAAUUAUAUUGUUUGCUAUGCUCGCAGGUUAUCUUCCCUGGGAUGAUGAUCCAGAAAAUCCAAGUGGUGAAAAUAUUGCUAAAUUGUAUUUCUACAUUACGACCACUCCAUUAAAAUUUCCAGAAUACAUUACGGCCAUUCCAAGAGAUUUGUUGCGAAGAAUUCUAAUCGCUGAUCCCAAGAAAAGGGUUGAUUUGAGAUAUAUCUUGAAGCAUCAGUGGCUGAAACCUCACACACCAUUUUUAUCAAUCUCUCCAGAAGAAUGGGAUAACAUUUCACGUUCACAAAGCAUACUUAGAUUACCAAAACAUAGUAAAAAACAAUAUUCAAAUAAUAGCAACAACGCAAAUACUAAUCUAAACAAGACAAGACCGCAUUCAUCAUGUUCAAUUUCAUCAAUGGGCUCUGGAAAUGAAAAGAGAAACUCUCUAAUAAUGGAUUCUACGCUUAUUUCAUUUCCUGUACCACCAAGAGAGUCACAAUCGCAUGUCCUUACGAUUCCACCUUCCACUUCUCCAGAGCGUCGUCACUCUCCAGUAAGCAGAAAUUCAGAAUUACAUAAACGAAGCAAUUCUGCAGCAUCAAUAGCAUUGCAAGCUGUUGUAGAUGCGGAGAGGGAGUACUACAAUUCUUCCAUUAGGGCUUCGAAAGAUAGGAGAAAAUCGAAUUCGUCCAGUGUUGGAAAAUCUCCUUUGAUGAAUAAUUCCUUUAGAAACAAUACAUCACCACUUUCUAAAAAAUCAAUAACUGGUAAGGAAAAUUCUCAACUUGAGAAUGUGUUCCAUGAAACCCAGCAUAACGGGGACACCUCCAUAGAGGAUAUUCUUCCGGAACUUCCCGUGAAGAACUCUUCAAUGUUACAUUCUCAAUUUGGUCCAAAUACAUAUACUCGUCCAACAAUCAAGAGGGGAAAUCAUAGUAAUAUAUUACCUAAACAUUCCAGCAACAUCUCACAUAGAAAACCAAGACCUACAUCAUAUCAUCCUGGAACCUUUUCCACAGUGCUGGAAGAUGAUUUUAGUUUUGACACUAAACCAGAUUAUGCGAAACAAAAGAUCCCUUCAGAUUCACAGAGUUCCAAGAAAACGGAAUAUUCAGAUUCACCUUUUGACAAUGUUCCACGCUUAGAUGUUGACACAGCGGUGACUUCUGUUGCUAAUUCGGCGGAGAACUCACCAAAAUUGUACCCACGCCGGUCAUUCUCAAUAAAAGAUAAGGCAUAUAUCCGUACUGACAACGUUUCAAUCAAUAUGACAAGUCAGUCAUCAUCCAAGCAUGACGUAGACUCGAGUAUUAGAUUGUUACAUGAACAAGUUGAUAAUCUAAAAUUGAAUAACCCUGAGGAUGAAAAGCCAGAGAGGAAGUAUCCUGAUAGGAAGAGAUUCAGUUUAUUUGCCUUCAACACACAGAAUGAGCAUGUUCAUCACACAUCUACUACCAAUUCUAAUAUGCCGAAUCAGCAAUUACCAUUGAAGCGGGACAUUUCAAAUACUAUUGCCAAUAGACAAUCGUUUAGAGAUUUCAAAAAGGUAGCAAGAGACAUAAAAGGUACGAAGGAGAAUGCAGGAGCCCAGCAUUCGACAACUGCUAAGAAAGUGAUGGAUUUUUUCAAAAGGAGAAGUACAAGACUUUGA